AUGACGUUGUCACCUAAUGUUGAUAUGAAUUUGCUCAAUAUUUGUAUUCAAAUGGCACAUGGAGUCCAAAUGCGUUGUAAAGCCACCACCCUCAACUAUGUGAUUCAAAUAGCUCAAUAUCUCAGACUGAGAAAUGUUAAAAUUUAUUGUGAGCGUCAACUUAUCCAUGAAUAUUCUCACCUCAAAGUGACUUCGAAAAAGAUUUUGUUUGCAUGUCGAUAUGAUCUUCAUCGUUACUUGAAUUUCUAUCUCCAAAAGUUGGAAUCAUUCAAAGAUUUUCAAGAAGUUCUGAAGAAAGCGGACAUUCAGAUUAUGUCAACGGAAUCCAUGAAGCUGUGUAUCAAAUAUUUUGUUGGGAAUGAGAAAUGGGAGUAG